AUGGAUAAGAAGAUAGUGCGCAUAGGGCCGCUGCCUGGGGGUCGCCGGGGCGCGUCUGGAGCUGGCGCUGGACGCGGCAGCAUGCGGGCCGCCAGCCGAGCGCGAGGAGCUGCACGGUCACCUAGCAGCCCUCCGCAUCCAUCAUCCCCACCAGAAGGCUUGGUGUCGGCUGGGUCCUCCCGGACUCAGCAAGCGGCACCCGCCGCUGGUGGAGCACGUCGCAUGCGUUGGUCACAAGCAAUGAAUGCAAACGCACUGCGGGCGUACUUUAGGGCAAAAGGGGAAGAAACUGGAUGUUUGGCGUAUCGGGCUAGGAUGCAUCGUCUUUUUGCUGAGCUGGAGCCAUCUUUAACCGUCACAGAGCAAAACCUGGAAGACCGAGUUCGGUAUAUCUUGCGCACAAAUAUAUUUGAUGUCGCCGAACUCGAACGGCUACGACGUGAGGCUGUUCCCUCGUCGGAUGAGAAUGCUACGGCUGAGGAUGCAGCACCACAAAUGGUAGAGCAACCCGCAAACGUGGAUGCCGCCGUGAAUACCCCAGUUGUGGUUGAUUCAAACGAUGAUGGAACAGUCGCCCAGGAACUGGAAUUAGAGCAUAUGAGGAGUACAUUGGAAGAGGCGAUUGUGGAAACGCGCAGUACGCCUCUCGAAAAUCGACCGCGACUUCCCCCGCAUAGCCCUAAGCAAGCGGAAUCGGGCUGUCGUGUGGGCUCUGAACCCAAUGCUGGUGACCUAUUUGGAAGCCAGCCGGGACCUUUGCGAGACGGACUCAAUUCUUUUUGGCGCCGCGCUGGCAGUCUGCCGUAUCAUAGGCGCCAAGGUUUCCACGGCUGGACGCGCUACUGGCCAUAG